AUGGCUGAUGUCGAGGCGAAAGGAUACAACCCUCGUGUGGAGGGGUUUCGGGAUAGAGAGUACCCCAUGUUGAAAGACUCUGUAUAUCUUGACCAUGCAGGCACAACUCUCUACUCAAAGUCCCUCAUGGAUAGGUUCUCUGCCGACAUGAUGUCGAAUCUAUUCGGAAAUCCACAUUCAGCUUCGUCGCCUUCUCAGCACACGACAUCCAGAAUUGAAGAUGUCCGUUUACGACUCCUGAGAUUCUUCAACGCCGACCCAUCAGAGUUCGACCUGGUCUUCGUGGCAAACGCCACAGCUGGUAUUAAACUUGUUGCUGAUGUAUUUCGCGCUUCACCGGACGGCUUCUUCUUCGCUUAUCAUGAGGCGUGCCAUACCAGCUUAGUCGGAGUCCGCGAGGAAGCACGCGAUAGCGCCCGUCUUUAUUCUCUUCUGGAUGCCGCCUCAUUAGCUUCUACUUCCCCUCUGGAUCUCAGUGACGCAACAACCGCACCAGAUUUCACCGUUCUCAGUCUUUACAAGAUAUUUGGCUUCCCAGACCUUGGAGCCCUCAUCAUCAGAAAACAAGCAGAAUCGGUGUUCGACAGUAGGCGUUAUUUUGGCGGCGGCACCGUCGACAUGGUCAUCUGCGGCAGAGAACGGUGGCAUUCGCCAAAGACCACAUUUUUGCACGAGCGACUUGAAGACGGCACAUUACCAUUUCACAGUAUUAUUGCGCUUGAUGCUGCGCUUGAUGCACAUGCUGACCUAUUCGGAACUAUGGCUUGUGUGGCAUCACACACGGCGUUUCUCAGGCGGCGUCUUCACCAGGGCCUGACAGCUCUCACCCACGGCAACGGAGCGCCGAUCUGUACCGUCUACUCGCAACGUCCCACGUACGACGCGGCAUCUGACGGAUCGGGUCCACUCAUCGCAUUCAACCUCCGCAAUUCGGCUGGUGCUUGGGUUAGCCUCCAUGAGUUUGAAAAGUUGGCAACGCUGAAAAGCUUGCAUGUUCGGACUGGGGGUGUCUGCAGUCCUGGAGGUGUAGCAUCAGUCCUUGGCUUGAAACCCUGGGAGAUGCGGAGGAACUUUUCUGCUGGUUUUCGAUGUGGAACAGACGAAGACAUCGUUUCUGGAAAGCCGACAGGUAUCAUUCGCGCAAGCCUUGGCGCUAUGAGCACCAUAUCCGAUGUGGACUUCCUCGUUGGCUUCAUCCACGAGUUCUAUCGAGAAGAUGCCAUGCUCGUCGACGUGGAACCAGGUAUCUCCAUACCCGGCAAGAAGAUCCAGGUACAGGACAUCAAUAUUUACCCUAUCAAGAGCUGCGGAGGCUAUUCCGUACCUCGGGGCGAUGCAUGGGAGGUGAAGCCCGAGGGCUUAGCUUGGGACAGAGAAUGGUGCCUCGUUCAUCAAGGAUCUGGACAGGUUCUCAGUCAGAAACGAUAUCCGAAGAUGGCCUUGAUAAAGCCCUCCCUUGACUUCAAGAGCGGAAACUUAUGCGUCUCCUUCAGCGGCAAAAGGGCCUUUCACGCACCCGAUGAGAUUCGGAUACCCCUUUCCGCAGAUCCGACGCAGUUCGACUCAAAAGUUUCGUCUUGUGGAAGAUCUUCCCAUGUCUGUGGCGACAACAUCACGCCCCAGAUCUACAAUUCUGACGCCAUCAACGGUUUCUUCAGCGAUGCUCUUGGUGUUCCUUGUGUAUUAGCACGAUUCCCAGCGGGUGGACAAGGUCCCGCUAUGCGUCACGCCAAAGCAAAACCCCAGAAGCAUCAACAAAUCAGAACAACAGCGGCCAGAGUAUGCCCAGGAGCCUUCCCAGAGUUGCCGUCUCCACCAGAUUCGGACUCUGAGCAGCCAUCAGGCAAGAUUCUUCUCUCCAACGAAAGCCCCAUCCUCCUUAUCAACACCGCGAGUCUGCGCGCCCUGAAUGAUGAAAUCGAGGCCGGCGGGGGGGAACCAGUACCGUCGGCGGCGUUUCGUGCCAAUGUUGUCAUUGGCCCAGCUUCGGAUUCAAAGGAUCUAGCAUGGGCGGAGGACACCUGGACGACUCUGUCAAUAGGAAAGAACGAGUUCAAGCUCAUGGGUUCCUGCCGGCGAUGCCAGAUGGUUUGUGUGGACCAGGAGAGCGGUGAGAGGCAUGAAGAACCAUUCGUGACUCUGGCGAAGAUCCGAAGAUUUGACGGAAAAGUCUACUUCGGCACGCACAUGGGUCAUGACCCCGGCCCGGAUACGUUGAGGCCAGCCACGUAUCCCACCAUUCGGGUUGGUGACACCGUUGAGGUUGAUCAAUGA